ACGCCGUGGAUUACAAGGAUGCCGCAUGUACCAUAGAUUAGGCGGAGGCUUACUGCUGACAGAAAAGACUAUGGCGAGUCGAGCAGUCAACGCCCAAGUUACCAGUUUGGGGAAUACUUUCCACAGCCAGUCUGUUCCAAUCUGAGCCGCCUGUGCUGCCUUUCACUGAUUACUUUUGUCCUUUUGGCUUUUCUCCUCCCAUUCCGCUGGGUGUUUAGGAGGCUGGGCUGGCCCAGAGCGGGACGAUCACAUGGUGCCUGCUGAUUGACACUGGAGCUGCGGACUGAGGCUGCGACUCGCUGUUGUGGAAACCCGGAGGAACGCUGAGAAGUGGAAAUGAGAAGGCGAAGGAGAGAUGGCCCGGUCAGCCAGUGAUGGGGAAUCCGAGCAGCAGGUAGCCGGCUCCAGCGACGUGCUGGAGUUGCAGGUUUUGUCCUUGGAUGAGAUCCUGAGAGCCUACGAGCAGCCGAUCAAUGAAGAACAAGCUUGGGCGGUGUGUUACCAGUGCUGCCGAUCCCUGCACAGAGACUGGCCCCGGGAACAGGUGCGCGUCGGCCGCGUCCGGGAGCUCGCAGCUAUCCUUCUGCAUCGGGAUGGCACCGUGUCCCUCUGCGAAGAGCAGAGGAGGCCCUCGCAUGCAGAUCCAAAGAAGAAAAUAUCCCCUCCAUUAUGUACAGAAAGGCAGAUGGUGCAAUCCCUUGGAUUUGCUAUUUACCGAGCUCUGGAUUGGGGUUUGGAUGAGAAUGAAGAGCGGGAGUUGAGCCAACAACUGGAGCAGCUGAUUGACCAGAUGGCCAAUAAUGACUCAGAUGGCAGCAAUGGCACAGCUGAUGAAGGGUACAGUGGGCAGGAAGAUGAGGAGGAGAGUGACGGCUCACCACGUUCAGUCUGUACUUUUGAACAAGUAAUGAAGGCAUGCACUCAACAUUUGUUGGACCAAAAUGAAGCAGAUGCACAUUUUCAAGCUGUCUGCAAGGCUUUAUUUGUGGAAACAUUGGAGUUACAAACAUUCCUAGUGAAAAUUAAGGAAGCUAAAGAGUUGCUGAAGAAGAUGCAGAUUGGAGAGUCACAGCAGGUCCCAAUGGUGGAAUUGGACAACCUCAACCACACAGACUGGGCUCGUCUUUGGGUACAGCUGAUGCGAGACCUCCGCCAUGGUGUAAAACUUAAGAAAGUUGAAGAAAAGCAGUACAACCCCCUUCCCACAGAAUACCAACUUACGCCAUUUGAGAUGUUAAUGCAGGACAUUAAAGCACGGAAAUAUAAACUACGCAAAGUCAUGGUUGAUGGUGACAUCCCACUAUGCGUGAAGAAAAAUGCCCACGAACUCAUUCUUGAGUUUAUAAGGUCACGGCCACCAUUAAAACCGGUCUCUGAAAGAAAUCUACGGCCCAAACCUCAGAAACCACGCAGUUUACAUGAGCGGAUUUUGGAAGAGAUAAAGUCUGAAAGAAAACUUCGACCAGUGCAAACUAUUGGUAGAAAGAGGAACAAAGAGAUGCUAUUUGGAUCAUUGCCAUGUCUGGUACAUGCCUGCACCGAUGAGCUGAAAUCAACUUCGUGCAUAGACCUCUCAGUUCCUGAGGCAAUGGGAAGUACACAGAGACCUAGACCCAAGGUUCUACUUAAAGCACCAACACUGGCUGAAAUGGAUGAAAUGUGCAUUUCAGAGGAAGAAGAUUCACCAAGUGCAGAAAUGCGAAGGGUUUCCAGCUCCCCAGUUCCUCUGAAACGCGAUCGCUCAUUCUCAGAACGUGAUCUCCUCCAGUUACAGGCUGAAUUUGCCCUGUCACAUUCGGAAUCGGCCUAUCUCUCAACAGAGGGUUCCCACACAAGGUUACAUUCAGGGACUGAAUCCGUAACCAGAACUGUGUCUCAGCAUAAAGCAGAUCAUAAUGAGGAAGUAUGGUCUAUGGAGGCUUAUAGAACUCGUUCUUCUUCUGCAGGGGGAGGGAUCCUGCGUACUUCAAGGGGUUUUUCUGAGAACCAUUCAAAUUUUUCCAAACACACGCUGAUGGAGGAGUUCAGUCACCCUGUAGAAAGUCUGGCACUGACUGUAGAAGAAAUAAUUAAUGUUCGAAAAGUCUUGGUUAAAGCUGAAAUGGAAAAGUUUCUGCAAAACAAAGAUCUCUACAACAGCCUGAUAAAGGGGAAGGUAUGCUGCUGCUGUAGAACUAAGUUCCCUAUGUUAUCGUGGCCUUCAACAUGUCUCUUUUGUAAAAGAUCUGUCUGUGGUUCCUGCAGUUUGAAGAUUAAGAUACCUUCUAAGAAACCUGCCCAUAUACCAGUCUACACUCUGGGUUUUGAGAAUACUCAAGGAGUCAGUCAGACAAAAUCUGCCCAGGCAAAAGCACUCUUCCAAUCUCAGUCCUUGAGGAAUAUCAGUAACCGGUCAGUAGAACAGGAUUUCCCACACCUUUAUGCACAUGGCUGUAGCUUCAAAGAUACUUGUGCUGAAUGCACAAAAUUUGUUGCUGAUGUCAUUAAUUCAAGCAGAAAAAGUAUGGACCUUCUGAACAACACUCCUUCAAGGAGAAUUCAGUCUAUGUACUCGCGCUCCACCAGAUCCUGAGAGAAGUACAAGAAGCAACAAACUGGCUGACGUAGUCAUUAAACAAAGUUGUCAGCAGUCACACUGCAUGAGCUAUUGUUAAUUCCUAAACCAACUGAAUGCAAUAUUUCGAGGGGGUGCCCAACUCAUUCUGAACAACUACAAACAUGACACAUAUUCACCAUGAAGGAUACAAAAGAACUGGAGUUUAUAGAGGUCAUGUUUAACAUUUUCAUGGUAAAACUCUUUUCACAUUGAGGCAAGAUAGUUGUCACACAGUUGAUGUGCUUUAUAGCCUUCUAUGAAUUCUUGAAUUUGGAGACUAGUCCUUUAAUUUUUGAGCUGGUGGCAAACUCAAUUUUCAUUCUUGCUGUUAACCAGCUAUAAAAGCUGAUUAGGUAGAGAAGAGAUACUUGAAUUCAGUACUUGAAAUACUUCCACAUUGAUAUGUCAAGAGACUGAGUCAGUUUGGAAUGUAGACCACUGGAAAUCUAUUAUUUUAAUUAGAAUUAAAUUCCAUUCUUUUCUCAGUUUUUGUUUUCUUGCCACUAUCUCCAGAAGACUAGAUCACUAAUAGUUCUGUUUCCUUGCAAAUGAAACAUGUACUACUGACAUUUAAAUUCUGGGACUUUAUUACGUGCUAACCUAGUGAGUGUUUUCAGCCCACACUCAAAAUUAGCACAGCAACAGAUUAAGUGGAUUUUACUUCAAGUGCAAUUUUUGAAUUAUUGACCUUGCCACGUGCACUGCUGUGAUGGUGCAUGAAGCCUAUCACAAUAUAAAACAAAGCAUCGGAGCUGACAUUGCUUUAGGACAGAUCAAAUGAUUGUUUUAUAUUCCUGAUUCUGUUGCACCUUACUGAAUAGAAUAAACUUGAGUCGCUUUGAACCAGAGCAGUAUCAAAGGCAUAAAUGAUGGUUGUCAGAGUCCAAUAACUAUACAGUAUGUUUUAAAAUGUUCAUUCUGGAGCUAAAAUAUUUUGUAUUGGGUGUAUUGACAAUCUGAGGAAUAAUCUAUAUACAAAGAUCUAACAUCUGAAAAGCUCAAUUGGCACUACCAGGUAAUUUUAUAAAUGAUUAAGCAUGCAAUAUUCAGCAUUUUUUGAUUGCUUAAUCAUUUAAGUUUCAAUUUCUUUAUACCAUAUCUUUAAUAAUUCAAAUAAUUAAAAUGAAGAGUUUUGAAUAAAGUGAGGUUUGCAUACAACAGCCAUGUUUAAUAUUAACUGUUCUCUUGUAGAGAUUAUUUUUCAUCACUGUAUAUUUGGACCA